AUGAAGCCUCUUUUCAAGCCUAUUUCGUGGCUGUUACUCCUCCAUCUUCCGAUCGUCUGCGCUUCGGAAAACGGUGCGAGUUCGGUGACUAUCGACCAUGGAAAGGCACUCGUUGAUUGGAUCCGCUCCAAGGGAGGAUUUUUCCAUUCCAAAAUCGAGUUACGAAGAUUCGACGCCAAUGAUCCUACGUCCCCGUACGGGGUCUUUGCCAACGAGGAUAUUUCGGAUAAGGAACUCCUGUUCGAAGUCCCCCGAUCUUGCUUACUCGACGCAAUCAACGACUACAAAGUAGGAGACAAGAUUGAGGGCUUCUUUGUUAAUAAGGAAUGGCAUCCGGCGACAGUCGCGGCCUUUUACCCCGAAGACGACACGUUCGAUGUUGCCUACGACGACGGCGACUUUGAGAGCCGCGUGCCGCGCUCAUCCAUCCAAUGGCCAUCAAGUGCCAUGAAUUGCGGAACGGUCCGCAGUCUUCUUCGAGAGUUUGAUUUGGGCGAGGAGUCCGAUUACGCUCCCUUUACCAAUUACCUACGCGAACAACCUUACGGACAGCUUCCCAGUGCCUGGUCCGUGGCGGGCAAAUCUCUCCUUUUGGAAAUGCUCGGUCAAGACUUGAGCGGCAAGCAGACUCUGCCGCCCUUUGAGGCCUUGGAUUGGCUUACAUCGGGAUGGCACAAUCUAUGUCGCGGCAGUACGGACCCGUUCGCAGAAAACGCGGCCAUGAUGGUGGUGCAACGUUGCUGGGACGAACUCCUUAUUCCUAUUUACGACAUGGUGAGCCACCGAAAUGGCCGUUGGUUGAAUACGCAAAGUAACUCCGUUCAAGAUGGGGGUCCGGUGAGCGUCACGGCAUCUCGAAAAAUCCAAGCGGGAGAGGAACUCUACUCGACCUAUAAUUUUUGUACCGACUGCGAUGCCCGAGCGCAUUGGUACGGAACCGGAGAGAUUCUUCGGGACUACGGAUUCGUGGAAUUGUAUCCUCAAAGAUGGCUCUUUCCUGACCAAAAAAUCUCGUUUGAUAUCGAUGAGAAAUUGAACGAGGAAGGAAAGCCUACGGGAGAAAUGAUUAUACACUGGAACGGGCUUACUGCUACUACUCUGGACUUUCUCGAGAAACAGAUUCGUCGACUAGACUUUUUUGCCGAAACGGAGCUCCGGUCGCGUGAUGUUGAGGUCCUGGACUAUGAAUGGGAUACGAUUAAUCAAUAUCACCAGGCACUUUCGAUAGCGAUGAAGGAAGCAGCCCGCCAUCUUGCCUCUCAGUCUAAGACUGGAGUCAAAACAACUUGUAGCGACGGUGAAGGGCCCUGCGCGCUUACCUCCACAAUCUAUGAUUCGUUGGAACAAGAAGAGGUGGAGGCUUGGGCGGCUUACCGCCCCGAAACAUGCAAAUUCAAGGAUCUCUUCAAGUUCGAUACAUGGUCUGUUACGGAAGAAAUCAAGUCUCCCUAUCAGAAAAUUGCGUUCUUUUCAGACCCUACCAUGAAAGACACGUGUUUUGAACUGGAUGCGAUUGUUCAGAUUUGUACAAGUUAUCGUCCUCACUAUCAUGAAAUGGCGGUUCACUAUACGGCACGCUUUUUGGACAAAAUCCAGCGAGUGCUGUUCGUUGGUGGAGGGGAUUCCAUGCUACUUCAUGAUAUCAUCAAAUAUCCUUCUCUGGAACUUGUGGUUGGUCUGGAGCUAGACCAGAAGGUGACGCGAGGGGCCUUCAAGUACUACGGAGCCCAGCCUCAUUGGGACAAUGAAAAAGUUGAAUGGUGGUACGGCGACGCAACCAAGAGCUUGCUGAUGAUACCUAAGGAAUACUUCGGGUCCUUUGACAUGGUAUUGGUUGAUCUUUCCGAGACUGUCAUGUCCUUUCCAGUUACCCGGGAUCUGGAUGUCAUGGAAGCUCUUUCACUUCUCGUCAAGCCGGACGGAAUUUUUGUGAAGAAUGAGUACAAUUAUUUCAAAGAGAUGUCCGAAAUCUUUGAGCAUACCGUGCAUGUUUUCUAUCACGAUGUUCCGUUCGUUUGCUCUCAAUCUUUGAUGCUGGGUAGCGACAAAGUUGAUUUUCUUCGAACGCCUACAACGGAUCAUAAAGUCGACUACGUGUACAACUUACUUGAUUCCAAUGACUCGCUUGACAAUGCCCAUGACUAUCAACGCAACUAUACUAGCGUGCACCGCCAGAUCUCUUGCCAGAAGGAUGAUGAAGAGGAGCUAGGCGUUCAAGAGCGCAGUCCGGGUAUCCUUAUGAUUGUUGAAGUAGAGAAAGCAACGGCCGCCCUCGACCUACAGUCGCUUGAAAGAAGUCUCACCUCUGCUCUAAAACAAGAAGGACUGAUAGUUCUCUCUACUGUACUUUCAGAAGAGGCCGGUAACUCUAUUGUGCUCAUAUUCGCCGAGGGCUACGUUGUUGCUCGAAGCAUGUCCCAGGAUGCUUAUUGCGCGUUUGACAUCCAACUCUGGAGUAGCUUUGAGAAACAGGAUAGCAUCAGAAAGGCCGUUAUUGCAGCCGUUGGAAGCGACAGCGUCGGUGCGUCGUCGUCCGCAUACAGAAUUGUCUCAGGAGGAAUGUUUGGCGCCGAAAAGUGGAAAAGCGAUGCAAAGAGUAUAGGUCCUCAUAUGAACAAUUUAUGCCUAGACCCCGUGGAACAAAUCCGGAAUAUACCCAUUGAUGACAAAAUCGUGGAGACUGUCCUGAAUGAAAGCAUGAGCCUCGUUCAAGACGAAAGCUUCAUUAUUGGCGUACUUUGCGGCCAGAGCGGUCAGGCAUGCAAGAGUGCCGAGAUACUCAAGAAACAAGACAAGAUCGAGGAGGUGGUGACUCUCGCGACUUGUCUCAAUCUUGCACCUGGUGCUGAAUUUGCAGCUGACGGACUUGCCCAAAUGGAAACUUGUGAGAAAGAAGUGUGGAAGCUGCUGAGUGGAUCUUUGUCAGCGCGCGGGAAGAAGCUGCGUGCAAUUGUCAUUGAUGAAGGCGCAUCUUCUACGAUGGCUCGAAUUUUGUUCCGAAUCUUCAGAAGCUCAAGAAACGCCAAAAGAUGGCUAGCGGAAGACAUCUUAGUUCAGGCGCCAACGGUCGAUCACUCGGAAUCCUGGCGUAGUGUUUUUGUUGAUGAGUUCCGUAGAGAAAUUUUCAAAAAGGAACCAGUCUACACCGCGGAAGUUUAUUUCAACACGACAGCAAGCAGCUUAAAGCUAUCGAUCACUUCCGCUGGCGACGAGCACUUCGUGCGCCACUUGGUUGACUUCGCGACAAAGGCAGAGCAAUCGGCCGAGGUUGUUUCGGAAGUACGAAGCGUCCGUGGAGCACUAGAGUUCAAAUUCUUUGAUAACUAUCGACCUUCUCAACUGUUUGAACCCGACGCUUACGAUCAAUCGUCAUCGCUUGAGCAAUGGAAUUCACAGAAACCGCUGGGUCACCAAACAGUGUUUCAGCUCGAAACGGAAGGAAGUGAAACAUCAAUGUCAUUGACCACGAUUAAAGAGUCUCUUAAUUCGGCAAUCCGGUCUAUCGUGCCUGAAAACACUCCUGAGGUGAAGAUUGAAAUGUUCACGGAAAUGGGCGACGGUUGUGUAUUUGUUGCUCUCUGGGCAGAGGGAAACAUAGUUGCCCUCUGGGAUGGCAGAAAACACGUCGAUCUUAACUUGUUUACAUUCAUUGAAAGCGUUGAAGUUGCGGAUACAUUCGUGUUGCAGUUUGGGGCGGAAGACCCUAAACUACACACAGUUCUCCGGGACGAUCAACCCAGAGGAACUGGGCGUGUUGUCAACUUCAAAACGGAUUUUGAGCCAGGUAAGAGCCCCAUUUGGAGCGUAGCGUAAAAACGAUAUCUAGGUCCAUCUCUGUUCUUGUGUUU